UUGAAAGGGUGAUAUAAAUUGAAUCUCUUUAGUUAAUCAACACACUAUGAACCAUAACGAAAAGGAAGAGUUUGACAAAAAACACAUAUGGCACCCAUAUACCUCGAUGUUGCAGCCAUUGCCUUGCUACCAAGUGAAUUCUGCAGAUGGUGUAUAUAUUAACCUUGACACUGGCGAGAGACUCAUUGAUGGUAUGUCAUCUUGGUGGUGUGCUAUACAUGGAUAUAAUAAUAAAGAGAUAAACGAAGCCGUUGUUGAGCAAGUUCUGAAGGUGUCACAUAUUAUGUUUGGUGGGAUAACUCAUGAUCCGGCGAUUAAUCUUUGUAAAUUGUUGGUCGAUAUGACGCAUAAAGACCUUGAAUGUGUAUUCUUAUGUGAUAGUGGAUCCGUAUCGGUUGAGGUUGCUCUUAAGCAGGCAAUUCAAUAUUGGGAAGCUAAAGGUGAAUCGAAUAGAAAGAAGUUUCUUACCAUUGGACAUGGCUAUCAUGGAGAUACUUUUGGGGCAAUGUCAGUAUGUGAUCCAGUGAAUUCCAUGCACACUUUAUACAAAGGAUAUGUCCCGGAAAAUAUAUUUGCUGAUCCACCCCAGAUAGGAUACAGAGAUGAAUGGGAUGAAUCAGACACUUCCAGCUUCGAGAGUAAAAUCGAAGAAAAUAAAGACAAGCUUGCGGCAGUGAUUAUCGAGCCGGUUCUUCAAGGUGCUGGAGGUAUGAGGAUGUAUCAUCCAAUGUACCUCAAGAGAGUUAGGGAACUUUGUGAUAAACACAAUAUACUCUUGGUCUUAGAUGAAGUUGCGACCGGCUUUGGGCGUACUGGGAAAUUGUUUGCUUAUGAACAUGCAAACAUUAGACCCGACAUCAUGUGCGUUGGUAAAGCGAUUUCUGGUGGAUAUUUGACAUUAGCAGCCGUUAUUUCCACAAGACAAGUUUCAGAAACAAUCAGUUCAGGCAAAAGUGGUUGCUUUAUGCAUGGUCCAACGUUUAUGGGAAAUCCACUUGCAUGCGCUGCAAGUGUAAGAAAUUUAGAGAUGUUGCAAACUGGCAAAUGGAGAGAACAAGUGGCUGCCAUCGAAAAUCAAUUGUUGAAAGAGCUUCUACCAUUGAAGGGAGAAAACAACAGUCGCAUUAAAGAUGUUAGAGUUCUUGGUGCCAUUGGGGUGAUAGAGUUGACUAAACCGGUCAAUAUGGGAGGUUGCCAAAAAAUGUUUGUUGAUUUAGGAGUCUGGGUCAGACCAUUCGGGAAGUUGAUAUACAUAAUGCCUCCUUACAUCAUCAAACAAGACGAAUUAAGCAAGCUCAUAGGCUCCAUAAUCAAAGUGGCGAAAGAGGGCCCCAUUAAAGAUGAUGUUUAUUAA